AUGGUUCCGGCUCCAUACUUCCUGAUGAGUUUCCUGCUGUUCGUGGUGCUGUUCCUCGGGUGCAUCCUGGGAUUCGUUUUCCGGGGCCGCAUAGUCGAAUCGUUGCGGGACUCGAUGUACAUAUCGCUGAUGCAGUACGGGAGGCGCCGGAUGCUAACCGUCUCCUGGGACAUGACCCAGGAAGAGCUGCAGUGUUGCGGUGUCCAGGAUUUUGGCGACUGGGGCGAGCACAUACCGGACUCCUGCUGUAUGGACGAUUACGGUGGGCGAAAGCGGCCCUGCCAACAGCUUCAGACAUCGCAUACUAUCUACCGAGAGGGUUGUUUCAGCGCCAUCACCAAGGAUUUGGUUCAGAGCUCGGCCCUCAUGGGAGCCGCCGGCUUGGGACUAGCUUUCAGCAUGAUACCGGGACUUGUGAUGUCGUACUACUUAUUAACUGUGGUGUAACAAUUUUUUCUUCUUCAAUAAUCAAGUUUAUUUCCCAUGGCAGGUUAUAACUGGUAGGAAAAACUGUUAGGAUUGAUCGUACAAGUUUGCAAAGAGAUGAUUGUAAGAUCAUUGGUAUUGUUUUGUAAAUUUGUUGCGCAAUGUGGACCAUCGUGAUUCUAUAAUUUUAUCAUGGUUUUUGGUAUAAUUUGAAUUGUUUACAUGCUGCAGGCAAAAUGUUCCUUACUUAAAUAAUAUUGUGGUAGGUAAAUGAUGUGGUACCCCUUAAGUUUGUAUGCUUAUUUAAUAUUUUCUCAUAUUACGUGAUCUUUUCCAAAUUAAAUAGCGUCUAACAGAACGAAAGGGCAGUUGGGUUAAACAGGACCUUUCGAUAUUUAAAGGUUAACAUUCUUUGUCGCUUUUUUAUGAAAGAAAAGUUCGUACAUUUAAUUUACAACGUAAGUAAAUGAUGUGAAAUGAAUAACUGUAACGUAAUAUGUGCGUCGAUCGUUCCAAUCAAUGUUGCUUGACAUGUUUGAAACUAAUAA